AUGGCAGAGGAAAAUGACAUCUUCCUUUUUACUCUCCUUGUUAAUGUUCAGAGCUUUAAAGAGACUGUUGAGUGUUCUGCCAUCAGUUACACAGUCUCUCUAAUCUUCAAAAAUCCAAGUAAGAGUACUUUUACGAGCACCUCAGCACCAGCGGUGAGAACGGCACCAGUAUCUCCCUUCAACUUGCUCACUGUAAAAAUACUAAGAGUGAAGAAUGCCCGGAAGGCAGACUUGCUCACCCUUUCAGAUUGCUACGUGACACUGUGGCUGCCCACUGCCUCAGCGGAGAAGGUUCGGACCAGGACCAUCAGGAACAGCAAAAACCCCGUUUGGAAUGAAGCUUUCUGCUACAAGAUUGAUCGCCGUGUCAAGAACGUGCUGGAGCUGAAGGUGUGUGAUGAAGACACGGUCACCAGGGACGAUGAACUCUGCACAGUUCUCUUUGACAUAGAUAAGCUCACUGUGGGACGAACUGUCCGCGUGAAGUUCCAGCUGAAUCCACAGGCACGUGAAGAGCUGGAGGUGGAGUUCACACUUCAGAACACUCUGGACUACCCAGAUGGCAUUAUUACGAAUGGAGUACUAGUGGCACGUGAUGUUUCCUGUUUGGAGGUUAGAGUGGAUACAGGGAAGCUGAAGCAGCAAUCCACAAACCCAGAGCUUACAUUUACAGUGAAAGGAUCACAUGAAGGAAGCCAGAAGAUUUUGCUGGACUCUGGCCCCAGCCUUCAUAUAAUCAUAUUUCACUGCAUCAUAAAUGACCAGACAAGACUGGAUAUCAUAUUACCAGAAGAGUUGACUGAUGGAAAUGAAACAGAGAAACCUGGGGUCCUUUCUUUUCCCCUGAAUUCACUCCCUUUACAGAAGGAAAUAACACUAGAAGAGGAUAAUUCAUUUCACUUGUGCUUGACAGCAAGAAAAUGCUCAGGAGACCUGGAUGUGCGCUUGGGGUUUAGCCUGUGCAGGGAGGAGCAGAACUUCCUGCGGAAAAGGAAGAAAUAUGUUGCUGCUGCUCUGAAAAAGAUUCUUAAUUUGGAAGAGGAUCUGAAAGAGCAUGAGGUGCCAGUGGUGGCCAUCACCACCACCGGGGGUGGAACGCGAUCCCUCACCGCGAUGUACGGCAGCCUGCUGGGCCUCCAGAAACUCAACCUCUUGGACUGCAUUUCCUACAUCGGGGGCUUAUCGGGUACCACAUGGACCAUGGCAAACUUAUAUGAAGAUGCUAAUUGGUCACAAAAAUAUCUGGAGGAUGCAAUCAAGGAAGCUCGCAAGCAAGUAACGAAAUCCAAGAUCUGCUGUUUUUCUUUGGAUUGUCUGAAGUACUAUUACAAUGACCUGAUGGAGAGGACUAAAGAAGGACAUAACACUUCUUUCAUAGACCUUUGGGGUCUUGUCAUUGAAUCCAUGCUACACGAUAAGAAAGAUGAGCACAGACUCUCGGACCAGCGUCAGGCAGUGGAUAAUGGCCAGAAUCCACUGCCCAUCUAUGUGGCCAUCAACCUCAAGUCCAACUAUAGUGCCCAGGCAUUCAGAGAGUGGCUGGAGUUCACUCCUUAUGAAGUUGGUCUGCUGAAGUACGGAGCAUCUAUUCGUGCAGAGCACUUUGGAAGUCAAUUCUUUAUGGGAAGGAUGGUGAAGAAGCUCUCAGAGACCCGGAUCUGCUAUAUGCAAGGCAUGUGGAGUAGUAUAUUUUCCAUAGAUGUGAUGUAUGUCUGGAAUUUGGCUGCUGAUUCAGAAGAUUUCUGGUGCAGAUGGACCAGAGACAGAGUAAAAGAUAUAGCAGAAGAACCCUUUCUGUCUGUGAAUCCCUAUGAAGUAGACACGUGUCUUUUCACUCCCUCGAGUGUCUUCUCCUCCACUCUGCGAGAUGUCUUAACAGGACGCCCAACCAUUGCACAGUAUCCCAAUUUUAUCAGAGGCUUCCAGUUGCAUAACAAGUACUUGGAGAGUGAAGGAUUUUCUACCUGGAAAGACACAGUGAUAGACUCCUUCCCAAAUAAACUGAUGGAAACAGCAGACAGUGACCUCUCCCUGGUUGAUACUGGCUUUUUCAUUAAUACCAGCUACCCACCACUUGUGAGAUCAAACAGGGAGGUCGAUGUCCUCCUGCAUUUGAAUUACAGCGGAGGGUCCCAAACACUGCCUCUGGAUCAGAUUGCGAAGUACUUCUCAGAGCAAGAAAUUCCAUUUCCCAAAAUUGAGAUAAGUGAGGAAGACCGGGAAAACUUGAAGGAGUGCUAUGUGUUUGAAGAGGCUGACAGUCCACAAGCUCCAACAGUGCUUUUCUUUCCCCUAGUAAAUGACACUUACAAGAAAUAUAAAGCUCCUGGUGUGGAAAGGAGUCCUGAAGAGAUGGCCGAAGGCAAAGUUGAUGUCUCCAGCAUCCUCUCCCCAUUUACAACAAGAGAGGUGUGUUUUAGUGAAGAGAAUUUUGACAAACUGGUGAAACUGACAGAUUACAACAUCCUGAACAAUGAGAAGUUGAUUAUUCAGGCCUUGCGUUUGGCGGUGGCACGGAGGAAGCAGAGGAAUUUUUAGCCACCACACACUACCUUCAGUCUUUCAUGUGGUAUUUCUCGGGUUGUCUGUGUUUUGGUGAGGUCAAGAUGUUUGAUUCUUAUCAGUGAUACUUGCAGUGGAAAUCGCAUCAUCCUAAGGACAUUCUGGACUCCACCCUAUUUACAUGGCUCUUCAGAAAAACAGAUUGGAAUUUACCAGUGGUUUAAUCCAAAACAAACUUCAAAGCAGUAAAUUUGUUUUUAGUUUUUUUUACCAAGUUACAUUACUAAUUGUUACAUAUAUUCAAUAUAAAUUAUUAUAAUGUUGUGGAAGAU